CCUGAGCUGUUAACGCUCUGAGCCAAUCAUGGCACUGCGUUUCGACUAUGUCUAGAACGCAUUCUCUCUGUGUGGACAUUAAUGCGAAAACCUGAGCUCAUACGUCGGUAAUCACGGUUGGUAUUCUUGCUGCGAGGGAGGAAAAUCGUCGGUACUUUGGAAGAAAAGCACUGAAAGUCUGAAACGGACACAGCCAUGGACGAUUGUGGUCGGGUAUCCAAAUGUUUCGUAAUCCUGUUCAACAUCGUUAUUGCCAUUGUUGGCUUUGUGAUGUUGGCUUUGGGUUUGUGGUUGAGAUUCAGCUCACAGACACAGGGAUUCUUCGACAUUGAUCUCAACACAAAGCAGUUUGUCAUUGGAGUGACAGUGCUCAUUGCACUGGGAAUCAUCCUGCUGAUCCUGGCUGUUCUCGGACACUGUGGAGCCUGCAAUGGGAGCAAGGGUGCCCUGACAGCGUAUGCCUCCCUGCUGGGUGUUCUUGCUGGCGUGUUCAUCGCUGCCGGAGUCCUGGCCUACAUAAACAGCCAUGAGGUGGGACGGCAGCUUGCAGAGUUCUACAGGACUGUGUACCUACAGUACCUUAACAAAGGGGACCCGGGUUUGGCCGCCACCCUGAAGCUCUUCAACAAUGCGCUGGACUGCUGUGGGAUUGGGGUGCCACUGGAGGCCUUGAUCCAAGACACUUGCCCCAAGAAAGAUUUCAUUAGCAUCUUCACCACGGCUUCCUGCCCUAACGCGAUUCAAACCCUGUUCGAUACAAAUGCCCCGCUGGUUUUGGGGUGUUUCAUCGGAAUAUCAAUUGUGAUGGUUUUUACUUCCUUCUGUUCCUGCAUCCUCAGUGCAGCGAUCUCUCGCUCCCUCUCCUCUCCCUUUAAUGCAUACACACGUAUCCCCGCUAUGCCCCCUGCUCAGUACGGCUCCGUACCCUAUGGAGUGUAGAACGUACCCAAUCCCCUGAGCUCUGGCCAAUGAGCUCUCUUAACAUAAGCCAUUCCCCCCCCCCCCCCCCCCCCCCAGUGAUCCUUAUGGAAAUUAAAUAUACUGCCAAUAGAUUGUAAAUAUGCAGAUUGUUUGAUAAUAUAAUGAUGAGUGUAUUCCACAGCUGAUUAUGACAGUAUAUUUUAUUUCAAUAUAUUGCAGUUUAUAUUUCCCUAAGGGGGUGUGGCCUGUCUCCGUUUUCUUUAACACUGCGUCCCAUCCUGUAACCAGGACGUAAUCGAGCAACUGUAACUGCUCCUCCUGCUCACCUCCUUCUCACCUCGUGCUCUGUGUUCUCAGCCUGAUCUGUGUGCUCCUGUAACCCCUCCUCUUGUUUUUGGGGAGUUUUCUUUGAAGGUAUAGAAUUUGGGCUUGGGGGUUUUUCAUUUGCGUUGACGUGACUGUGGGGGAGCGCCAUUUCUGUUCCUCUGUCUAUACUACUCUUGUUUCCUCCCCCACCCUCCCACACAGAUCUGUGCCCUGGUGUGCUGCAGCAUCUUGAACAAGCAGAUCACGAGGUUCCACCAGCCAGUUUCCACCUACUACUAACCUAACCGGCCAUGCUCUGCAAAGGGGCGGUGCUCCAGUGCACCCUGCACAGCCAUUCAGUUCUUUUCACACCGGUGAUGCUGCUGAUGCUGCCCUGUGAUUGGAGCUCAUGCAAAGGGACCAUCUGCACAUGGCUCAGAAGAUCUCCUCCUUUAGUUGAUAGGCUUUUUUAUUGAUUGUAUGUUUCUGCGGUCAGCACGUUCUCCUGCCUGUGCGUACUGAAUGUUUGUACUGUUAGCGGUUCUUUUUCUAGUUAUGCUGCUUCAGCGCAAAAGGGAACAUUCCAUAUACAGCCAGCUUGUGCAUGAAUGAACCGGAGUGGUUAACCUGGCACUAUAAAUCAUGUACAUGUACAACUGGUAUAUUUUUUCAAUUAGUUUCUGACUCACACAUACGUUUGCAAUGUGCAAAUGUGUCUUCACACUGGGUAAGUGGCACAUAAUUCGCUGGCAUUUGCAGUUUUAUUAAAUCUUUUUUUGAGUGCAAACCUUCUGAGUGCAAACAAUGUUGGUAGAAGAAUUUGUUAAGUUCAGGCCCAUUUGGUUAUAUCAGAAAUAAAAACAAAUGACAGUUUGUAAAACACAGGGCCUGAGACCCAGAUAUUGUCAACCAUCUCUUUCAUUAAUCAAGUGCAGCUAAGUUCAGUUGAUUUUUUUUAAGUUAAGUGCCUUAGUUCUGUCUUCUCUAUCAUGAACAGCAUCAUGUGAUGGGUAUGAUACUUCAGAAAUGACAAAUGAGAGAUCUCUACUUAUGUGACCAAAAUGAUUAUUUGCUUUGAGUUAUUCAGCUGGUUUUACGUAUGACAUUGUCUUGUUUGCUCUUCAGACGUGUUUAAAUUGCUUUUUUUUAUCUUGCAUUUAUGUAUGCUGGUGUUUUUGUUACAAGAAAAUUUGGGUUGAAAGUUUUAAAAGUAAAUGUUAUCCAGACAG